CAGAGAACAAACACAGUCCUAGGUUAGACAUCCACAAGGAGGAUUUAAAAGGGAAAGGGCUGGUAAUAAGAACUUCCAGGGAAGGUGUUGUCACUUCCCUUAGACGGGGGAUUUCCGCUGUUUGCUUUCUGUCAUUUCAUUUCGGUUUUGCAUUUGGUCCCUGGCUGUGUCGUGGGGCCCUCGCGUUCAGGUAACCACCCACUUCCAGCCAAUCAAGAAGUAAGGAAGAGCAAACUCGCCCGCCCGCUCCCAAUUUUCGUAGCUCUGCUGCGCACCAACCGCAGAGCCACUGUCGUCGUCCCCCCAGCUCGGUUGCCGCCGCCGCCGCCGGCGGAUUCCGGAGGUGAAGACCGCGGGGCUGAGAAACAUGGACGUGACCAUCGCCCCCCUCCGCGCCUGGGACGAUUUCUUCCCGGGCUCUGACCGCUUUGCCCGGCCGGACUUCAGGGACAUUUCCAAAUGGAACAACCGUGUAGUGAGCAAUCUGCUCUACUACCAGACCAACUACUUGGUGGUGGCUGCCAUGAUGAUUUCCGUCGUGGGGUUCCUAAGCCCCUUCAACAUGAUACUUGGCGGAACUGUGGUAGUGCUGGUGUUCACGGGGUUUGUGUGGGCAGCCCACAAUAAAGAUGUCCUCCGCCGGCUGAAGAAGCAGUACCCCACGACGUUCGUGAUGGUGGUCAUGCUGGCUAGCUACUUCCUCAUAUCCAUGUUUGGAGGCGUCAUGGUCUUCGUGUUUGGCAUCACUUUUCCUUUGUUGUUGAUGUUCAUCCAUGCAUCGCUGAGACUUCGGAACCUGAAGAACAAGCUGGAGAAUAAAAUUGAGGGGAUCGGCUUGAAGAAGACACCCAUGGGCAUUGUCCUGGACGCCCUAGAACAGCAGGAAGAAAACAUGAGCAAAUUCACUGACUAUAUCAGCAAAGUGAAGGAUUAAACAUGGUGUUCCUGGCUGCAGUCUGCCCUUGGCCAGACCUACUUUUUAUUUGUGUUUUUUGAAGUAGGAGGUGCACGUUUUACCACUCAGACACCUAAGGCAGCAUGCGUGUAUAGGCCCAACCUUUAUCAUCUGUUGCUAUCGAGGGAAGGCCACAGAAACUAAAGGAAAAGCACCCUCCUCUUGUGUCUGUGUUUAUGACAGAGCAUGACAGAAUGACAAUACUGUUAUCUCAUAGGGAAGAAGUAAUCAAAAAGUAUCAAGGCAGUAGGAGUCAAUGAGAAGUCUGCUGAAGUACACGGUGUCAGGUGUCGGCCUGUUUAUAACCCCCUCCAGUCCCCUCCCAAGUUCCCUGGGACUGUAAUGCAGGGGUGGGGGAGUAGAUAGAUUAGUUUAGUUUCUGUUCUUUUAAAAUCAAAGAGGAUCUCUAUCAUGCGCUUGACUGAUGUGCAGUGGAGACUGGAUAAACCAGUUGUUUAUACUUUGUUUACCAAUACGAAGAUAGCUGUCUAGACGAUUUUGUUAAAUUUUUGUAAAUUUUUAAAAUGCUAGUAAUGUGUUUUUGCCAGCAGGUGUUUGUUGCAAACUUAAUGUCAUCUUCCUUUGCCGUGUAGCCUGUAUUAUUCUUGACUUGUUAAAGAACAAACAAAAAAUAAAACCAAACUUGAAUUCUGUGUACACUGCACAUUUUUUGUUGCUAUAAUGAAAAAAAGGUUGUCCAAGAUAAUGUUUCACGUAUGUUUUUCAUUGUUUGGAUUUUAACUGGAGCAUUUAGAAGGAAAGAAAUGAAUGUGCAUUUUAUUAAUUCCUUAGAGGCACAAAGAGCACAAUAAUAGCUGAGCUUUUGUAAUUUUAAAAACAUCCCCUACAUGACCAACCCAAAGACUUCCUGAUGGAGACAGGAAGAUCAUGUUGAAGCCAGCCUGGGCAAAAAAGUUAGUGUGACCCUGUCUUAACAAGUUGGGUGUGGUGGUAUGUGACUGUAAUCCCAGCUACUUGGGAAGUGGACGUAGUAGGAUUAUAGUCCAAGGCGGGCCCAGACAAAAGUAUGAAUCCCUAUCUGAAAAACAAAAGUACAAG